ACGAUAGGCGGUACUUGAACACCACUGUUACAUUGGCCACGCGGACGGACAGUUUAUGAAACCAGUGACUUCAGUGUCUUAACAAAAAGCCAAGGAGGUUGAGACAGCUCGAGGUUGGCAAGACCUGAACUCACACUUGAGGCAGCAGGAAAGCUUCGAAAUGUUCCAAUUACUCCCUUGGACCUUCGCUGUUGAUACUAUACAUUUCUGGGUGCACUAUGGCCUGGUGUGCCUCGGAUUUCUGCUAGGGGUCAUCACUAUCCUUGUACAACUCACCAAACCAGCACCUUAUGGAAAAUUUGACCAGAGCAACAAUGAAUCUUGGGGAGUCACAAUUAACCAGAGACUGGGUCAUAUACUGUCUGAUGCCACACCAGGAGUGCUGCUUUUCUUGCUGGUUUUCUUCCUGUAUGGCACUGAGAGACAUUACAUUAACUAUGUUUUCUUGGGCCUGUGGCAGGCACAUUACAUUCACAGAGGAAUCAUCCAUCCUCUUGUCAUGAGAUACAGCAAGGCGCAAGUCCCACUGGGGAUCACUCUCGGUGGUCUGUUUCCCAACUGCCUUUUUAGCUUCUUGUGCGCUGACUGGAUGUCUUCAUCCAAAUAUCCUGACAAUUACUACUAUGACCCAAGGUUCAUCAUAGGUCUCCUACUAUUUGUGUUGGGGUACAUCAUUAACAAGUGGGCAGACUUUAAGCUCAGGAGCCUGCGAAGACAGAAAGGUACAGAUGGAGAGGGUAGCAAUGGAUACUACAUUCCUUCAGGAGGACUCUUUGAGCUAGUGGCAUGUCCAAAUUAUUUUGGGGAAUUAGUGGAGUGGUUAGGCUGGGCUGUGGGAACAUGGUCUUUGUCAGGACUGGCAUGGAUGCUUUUUGGAUGUGCUACAUUCAUACCAAGAGCUGCACAUACAAGGAAAUGGUACUGUGAACAGUUUAUGGAGUACCCCAGAGCACGGAAGGCUUUAAUUCCCUUUGUGUAUUGACAAGUAGAUCUUAUUAGGCUUUCUCAUACAAUAUACAAUCUCUUGUAAGUUGUACUGGCUUGGGAAAUUCAACUAGCCUUAGCUAGCAUAUUGUCUUAAUAAAGAGGUUUUGAAUAUUUUGUGAUGUUACUUAGUAGUACUUAAAUUUAUUUUCCUUGCUGAGAGAGCCUAGUUUUACAUGAUUUUAGAAAAGCUACUGUUAUGAGACAUCAAGUAAAACUUACUCCAAAAGACAUUCACAGUAAUGAGAAGAUUUGACAACAUGAUUGUUAAUAAGAUAUGCUAUUGUGCUUUAUCAACACUAAUACAUGGAUGUAAAAUGACAUGUAAAAUUAAAAUUAAUUGUACAUGAUUACACAAUUACAUGGACUGCACCCUUACUUCAAGUGCCUCAAAAUAUAUUAAACAUACAUAAUCGGAGAAAAAUAGCUGAAGUAUUAGUGAAAAGUAGUAUACAUAACAUACAAUACUUACAGUCCUUUCUACAUUUUGGUGAGACAUAUUAUUGCACUGACCUCAACUUUUGACAGGAGUACAAAGUUUGUGUGUGCCCUGUUUGACAAGUUAACACUUGCACAAACUCCUUUUGUCUAGUAGUGUUGUCCGUAUCAAGGUUUAUGUUCUAUGAAAUGCAAAGUGAUGCCAUUUCUCUACUUUCACCAGGAAAAUGACGUCUGAACAUACAAAACAACCGAUAAAGCUGUUAAGCA